CAUCAGCCACAUACUCACACAUAAAUUCCCGCCAUAGAUUUGUUUACGCCACAUCUGUUAGGUAAUCGGCCAAGGGAGCUAAAAUUUUAGAGAAACUCCGGGAGUCCGGGGUAAGGCUUAGCAGACCACUCGAGCCAAUUUUCCCUGAUCAACUAACGUCAUAUCGAUACUUGAACAUUUGUACUUGACACAAUGCGCCCACGCAAUUCUGUUAGCACAUCUCCUGACAGAUCAUCCUAGAUAACUUGGAAUUUAUCGUCAGAUAUUCCCGAUAUGGAAGCCGGUUACCCAGGCCCAAGGCUGUUCGUAAGAUCCCCUGCAUGAUUUUAGAAGCCACCUACCUAACCCAAGCGCUAUGAACUCUUCAUGUGUCACAAAACAAAAACAACAAAUUUAUGUGAAGACCAUACUUUCGUUUAGUUUCUUUGUCUUCUCGUACGAUGCAACUAUAAUUAUUUAUUCUAUCUAUCUUUAGGAAUACAGCCUCUCUAAUUGAUCAAUUGACCUCAAAAUGCAAACCGUCGAGGGUAUCCCUGUCCCUACAACUAGCAAUCCAGAUGGGAAGUUAGCCGAAGGCCAAGUACCACCCGACAAAAAACCAAAGAAGGCAAAGGAUAAAACAGGAGCUCCUCCUUCGCGAUUCUCCCUCCGGAUGACAGCUGGCUGGUGGAGAUCUUUACAAUGUAUUGGAAUGGGCUUACACUUCCUCGCUCCUCCUCGACCACCCAAUCCAGACUUCAUCAAGUCAAUCCCUUCCACUUUGGCGUCUAAGAAGGGUCAACUCGACCUCUACUUUUAUGUACCCGAAGGUUAUAUCAAAGAUGCUGCUAGUGAGAAGUGGCCUGUCGUCGUGAACUUCCAUGGUGGUGGUUUUACUUUAGGCAACGCUUCGGACGAUGCGAGAUUUGCGCGCUUCGUGCUCGAAAAAUGCCACGCCGUAUUCAUUUCAGUCGAGUACCGAUUGGCGCCUGAAUACCCUUUCCCCACAGCUGUCGAUGACGGUGCGGAUGCAAUACUUUAUGUUAUCCAGAACGCAGCGAAGCUUCGAAUCGAUAUCAAUAGAAUAGCAACAUCCGGUUUUUCUGCAGGCGGGAAUGUUGCCCUUACAGCGCCCAUUCGCGUAUCGGCGUAUCGAAAAACGACAGAGGUUCCAGAUUACCGCAUUGUAGCCAUCGCAACCUGGUAUCCGAUCACCGACUACACCCUCAGCCGCGCUGAACGCCGAGCAUCUGCUCUUCGACCUGAAGCAACCUUGCCGCCGGUACUCACGAACCUCUUCGAUGCAUCUUAUCUCUUUCCCCCCGAGUUGGACCUUGCGCAUCCAUUUCUAUCGCCUUCAAGAGCGUCGGAUGAUGUGCUGAUAGAAAGCAUGCCAGAUACGGUAAUCUUUUACACAUGCGAAUGGGAUAUGUUGUUACACGAGGGCCAAGCGCUCGCGGAACGGCUACACAAGCCGCCAAUCUCGAAAAAUGUUUAUUAUACUAUGAUACCCGGCGUAGCUCAUGGUUGGGACAAGGGACCAAAUCCUAUGAAGCCCCCGCCUAAGAGCGAGAAGUUAUAUGGAGAAUGUUGCCGAAAGCUUAGGAUUGCGUUUGAAGGAGAGGAAACGCAUACACUUCUCCAUCUUCCAAUAAAAUUUCCCCCACUACUACAAACUAAGCCAAAAGACGAGAGUGGAUCAGAAUGAGCGAACGCACUAAGUUGAUAAGUUCUACAUCAUGUACAUACCAUUUAAGCGUAACUAUUUAGAAAUUGUCAAGCAUUGCGAGAAGAGCAAGUGCUUAGAGUUCACGUUACUAAAGUAAGUACCCUAAUGUAAUGAAUUGUUACACCUAUC